GCGAGUCGAGCACUCCCUCAACCUUCACUGCCUGGCUAUGUCGACAGCCAACCCCCCUUUGGGGAGGAAAGGGGAAGGGAGGACAGUGGCCUGAUCAGGUUCAAACACAUGAUGAGAGUGAGCAACGUGUGACGCGACGUGGCGCUCAAGCAGCACGCACGUCAAGGGAGAGAUCAGGAGUGAUUGGAGAGAACAGACCAGACACAUAAGGAGAGGAGCACAUGACCAACGUGGCGGCGGUGGAUCCAGGGCCACCACCACAACAGGGUCAGCGGAUGUCGGAAGAGGAAGCAGCCAGAGUAAGAACACUGCUAGGAAAAUGCUAUGAUGAUGACCUGUUUCCGGAAGACAUUGGACGUGAGAUAGGAACUGUGGUACACGAAGACUACAGCCUUUUGGCCCUUUUCAUCUUGGAUGACGACAUAGAUGACAUGAUUAUAGACUGGUUGAAGGCACAAACAGUGAUUGUGCUGUCCAUGACCCAGGACCAAACGCUGAGUUUGGCUAACCGGGAACAGCUGAUUAGAAUAUAUGAAGAUGGAUGGUACCGGGAUCCCAACGUCAACCCGUCAGCGAAGAGAGGCCGUACACAUGGGGAAGGCCCGAACGUCAUGUCAUAUGUGGCCAGGUCAACACAAAUUGCCCAGUGGUUGACGACGCUGGGUUCUGUGGACAUUCCGUGCCAUGGGGGCACAUUCAAGGUGCUUUUCAAACCAUGGAUGACAAGGGCAGAGCUGGAGCAGAUGAGAGAACAGGAGCAGGCGGCGCGCUUCAGACUGAUCGCGCUGAGGGUUCCACUGGUUGCUAUGUUUAGCUUGAUGAAGGCAAUACAACGCACCCUUGGCCCGGUGUUGAAGAUGCAUCCUCCAGAUAAAAAAGAAGACGAACCUAUGCUAGGGAACGUGAAGAUCGAUUGUGACCCGACGGUAAGAAACACGUACAGGGACCAAUUGUACAUACGAAGCAAGGACGGGGCGGAUCUGAAGAUCAGGAUAGCUUCACAGGACUCUCCCUUUUGUAAGAAGUGCUUGUGGUGGUUUCACACAGAAGAAGACCCAGAUUGCCCAAGAUAUGGAGAAGAGAUGCCGGCAGGGAGGAGAAGGGGCAGGGGUGGAGGGAGAGGAAGAGGAGAGGGGAGGGGAGACCUUUGGUCCAAUUCAACAGUCUGGCGGAUCAACUCGCAGCUUUCGUUAUGCGAUACCGGGAAGAGUUCGCGAGGCUGCCUGCUGCCCAGCAAGUUGACCGUGUUUUCGUGCCGAUUGACGCUUGUCUUCAUCGGCUGCGGGGCUCAAACGGCGCCAAGAUCAGCCGGCCAGAGCGGGUGGAAAGAGGAAGCAAUUGUCGAUUGCCCCGUUUUCGUCGGCUGCGGUUGUCCAGGCUCUGCCCGCUCCGGUUCUGCCCUCGGAUCGGCAAGGUCGCGAUGCGGCCGAGCUGUCCAGCGAGGCCACAGACUACGACGACGGAGCUGUGCGCUAUCGGGCUGGUCCCCAGCAUCGUUCACGGGGAGGUGCAGGUGCCUUGAUGACGAGGAAUGUGAGGGCCAAGAUGGGGAGGGCGGUGGUUGGGAUGGGGAGGGCGGUGGUGAGGAGGGGGAGGGCGGUGGUGAGGAGGAGGAGGGCGGUGGUGAGGGGGACGAUGGUAAAGAAGGAGAUGUUGAAGGUAAGGACGAUGGCAUGGACGAGGAGAGAGACGAUGUUGGUGAGGAAGUCGAAGACAAUCGCUCCUCCCAAUUUCACCGUCGCCACCACAACGAAUCGCAGGGGCGCCGUGAGGACGAUGCCUACCGCGUCGGUGACGCAAUCGAUGCUGGUGGCCAGCCUGCAGCCUCCCACGGAAUGUCGCAGUCCUAUGACCAGACGAAGGAUAGGAGAGACGAACCUGGCUCACGGGGAAAGCGAAAGAGGGGAAAGGCGUCGAUCUCUCCUGCGAGUCGAACAAAACUGGCACGGGACGACGUCGUCAAUGAAGCUUGCGGAGCGUUGACGGCAUCACAGGAAGCGCGGGCUCCUAAGAAAACUACUGGGGGGGGGGCGAAGUGGCAGCCGCGGGGGCGGUCGCGGCGGCGGAUCGAGGCACCCAAAACUAAGGUCAGCGAGAAGGAUGUCGUCGCCGUUCUGCAUCAGAAAACGUGGCAGAACUUCAUGAGGCCUUGCAUGGGGAAGGUGUGCGACAAGGCGUUCGUGAAACAGACACUCGACAACGAAUACAACAAGGAUUGGAGUAACAAACUUCGGGGGUACCUGAACCUCGCCACAUCCACCCGCACGGUUUGGCCGCUGGUGGAGAAGUUCUUCGCGAUGUUCGACGAGGGUAAGCUGCCAAUCGACAACGGCAAGAUCCUACUUGAGAUGCCGGGGAGGAUGGAGGGGCGCCUGCCCGGCCCGAACACUGACGAGAACAAGGGACAACGGACUUUGUACCACUGCAUAUAUGUGCGAGAUGGUCCCAAGGGAUCCACCGUGUCCUGGAAGGAUUUGUGUCCUACGUACUUCAAGAACUUCGGGGACAUGACAUGCCGCGCGAGAGAAGUCGCGCUAUUCCUGCUUAUGUCGGGGAAAGUGGUGGCAACAAAAGUGAGAGUCACGCCUCCGAGGGUGAAUACAGAGUACCUCCUCAACAUUAUGCGCAAGGAGAGAUACAUGGUCCGCAUGUUCAACUACGGCGUGUUUCGCGCCGAGGGAAGGGCAGGGGACGAAUGGAACGACGACUUCUUCAUGUCGUACAAGGACCUGGAAGAGAGGUAUGCUUCAAACGGGUUAUGCGCAGAUGAAUGGGAGAAGCAACGGGAGAAGCUGCAUAGCAACUUAGUGAAGACGAUCCCUCAGCGACUUGGAGGAGUGGAGGAGGCGAGGCAAGGUGCGGGCUUGGGGCCUACAGAAGUGAUGUACAAAGAGGCUCCGUUUCACUUCAAGGUCUUUAUAUACACCACGAUCGAUAAGCUCGAUAUGCUUCGAGCGGAGGUGAAACGGAUCGCCUCCAGUGCACGCCAUCUUGUGUGGGACAAACUCAGCACGCACACCACAUUGCUUUCUGUAUGCAUGCGGUCAAACGAGGUUAUGGCGGCGCCCGUCGACAUCGUCGCAGCCGCACAAAAAAUGGCAUGCAGGGCUGCCAUCGUGGACAUCUCGGCCGCGAAUUUCAGUAGCUUUAACCCCGUUGACAACGAGGAAGACUCGUCGGACUCCGACCUCGAGAUCGAAAAGGACACCAAUGCAACCGGGUGGUACGGGAAGUCCGCUGCCAUGGAGCACAGCGUCAAGGGAUAUGGAACGGGUCAAUCAGAGGGAUGCUCGAACCUGCCACCAGCGAACAGUGUGGCCUCGGGUGUGGACCGGGUUGUAUGUACGCCUGUGGAAGACGACGAAGACGAUGACCUUGAUAUUCCUGCUCAGCCAACGAAGCUAGCGCCAAGCGAUCCGAUUCCUCCCAGAUUUUGUGCGUAUGCAAACAAUGUGUAUUUCGUGGAUGACAAAUACGCCUGCACUAGUGAGGACAAGUGCGGCCAUGAUAUCAUUUGGCAUGACGGCAUUUUCGAGCCAUGUAUCCGAGGCGGGGAGUGGAAAGUGGCGGUGAAGUAUGUCUUGAAGGGUUGGAGACCGUUUCCCCGCAUGGGAAAGGACAACUGGCUGAAGACGAUGGACCAAUCAAUACUAUACCGUUGUCGGAAAGAGAACCCUGGGGAGAGUGAAACAUCCAUCGCGGCAAAGGCGAAACAAUUGUUCGACGCCUUGGGAGCCACUCGACAGUUAGAGUACUCACACAAGUUUUACGAGUUGCAGUCGCGCCCCUCGUACGGCAAGAUUGACUGGAAGGUUGAGCACGCGGCCUCGCUCGAGAGCAUGGACGUGGACUCCCGAGAAGAUGCCGCCCCUGUGCUCGAGGCGGCCACAGGGAGCACGAUGGGUGAACAAAGGGAAGAUGGCGGGACGACGUUUGGCGUGAAGCCUCCGUUGCCAGAGGCGGGGAACACGCCCGCAGACAAAAACACCAUCCGAUCCAUCUCUGUCGCAACGGGGGAUACAUCACAAGGUGAAAAAGUGUCACUCGACAAGCCGGCGGAUGCGGGCGCCACAUACGGGAGUCUCCUCACGACAUGUGCGGCGCUGGCAGGCACAUUGGAGAUGGUGUCAGAGUCCACUACUGGGAUGGGCGUCACAGGGAUGUCGUUGCAUCCGCCCACAUGCACUAGCAAAGGUGACGCACACUGUGCAACAACACUACAGGAAGGGGUCACAAGAGAUGAUGGGAAUGGGGGAAAUGCAGGGGGGUCUCUACGUUCUCGCAAUAUUGAGGACAUGACGACGGACGAUGAGGAUGGGGUAGAAGGAGGAAAGGGCGUGAGCGAUCCCACGCGUGCAGAAAAUGAGGGGUAAGACAGGGAAUGAACUUGAGGGGAAUCC